AUGCCAACUGAGUCAGCUACUAGUAUUAAAUCAUCCAAAAUUACUCCAUCACUAGAAGCAUCUUCAUCACAACCAUCCGAAAAAUCGACAUUUGAUAUCGACUAUUGGUCACGUUCAUUUCUUGCUCUUGUCUAUCCAGUUUCAUUUACUGUCAUCAUAUCUGCUUGUUUAGCCAUAUUUCUUUAUGAUCUUUAUACGCAAUCAAAUGUAUUUGAAGAUGCUGGUCUUAUAUUAUCAGCCAAAGGACCUAACGCAGCAUCAAUAUCAAAAAUAACAUGGGAAUCAUUUAAAAUUGCUCUAAUUAUUAUUAUUAUUAUUGCAAUUGCAACAUGUGUUCUAGUUAUUUUUGUUUAUUAUGGUUGUAUGAAAUUUUUAUAUGUUUAUUUAUUUAUUACAGUUAUUGGGGUUUUUUCGCUUUUAAAUAUUUCUAUUAUUUCCAUGAUUAUUGCACAGGCUAAUAUUGCAAUUGAUUGGUUAACCGUAAUAUUUUUUGUUUAUAAUAUAUUAACUAUUGCUAUUAUAUCUAUGUUUUGGCUGUCACCAAAUAUAAUUAAACAAAUAAUAACGAUUUAUCAAUGUAUUAUAAUGAUAUUAUAUGUACUUCAAAUAGCACCAGAAUGGAUUGCAUGGGCACUUUUACCAUUACUUGCCUUAUGGGAUAUGAUUGCUGUCUUACUUCCAUUUGGUCCACUUUAUUUAUUAAUUAGUUUGUUUCAAAAACGUAAACUUCAAGUACCAUCAACUAUGAUCUAUACAACCGGUUUAUGGUUUCAAAAUCAAAAUAGGAAUGAGAAUAAUUUAAUAAAAAACAAGCAAUUUCUAUUACCUAAACAAUGGUCAAGUGUUAAUUUUCUCUUACUAUCGAACAAUACUUGUAAUUAUUUAUAUAAACAAAAACAAAAUUCCAAUAGAAUCGUAAAUACAAAUGCUCGCUCAGAAAAACAAAUAUCUAAAAAACGUCCAACACGUAAAUCUAUGUUAGGCUUGGGAGAUUUUAUAUUUUAUUCGAUUCUUCUGGCCAAGACUGUUUUCACAUCUGAAUGUAAUUUAUUUGCCAUUAUUAUUGUUUACUUAUGUAUUAUAAUGGGUAUGCUUCUCACAACAAUUAUUUUAAUUAUAUCACAUCGACCACUACCUGCUUUACCUAUCUCUUUAUUAAUUGGUUUAGCAAUCUUUUUCUAUUACAAUCAUAUUGGAGAUCAAUUUGCGGAUGCUCUUCGUUUACCGACUGGACCAAUUAUCGUAUAA